UUGCUACUUGUUUGAUUCUCGCAACAUGGUACUACUGCAUACACUGCAAUGGCUUCCGAAACCCAUCUCCAAGUUGUUUUCUUCCUCCUAGUCCUUUCUCAGCUGUCUUUACAAUCUUGCUCCCUGCACCCCGAGAGAAAUUCGGACGACUACAAUAAAUGGAUAUCAUGGCAUGUCAAUAAUUUCCGAAAGAAGGCGUCUGUCAAAGCAGAAUCCAUAGCUCGAACACGGGGUGGCGACAGAGCUUUUGAUAUGAAGCUGAGCAAUGCUGAGGCCAACAAAGUCGGAAUCAACGUUGCCCAAGAUGGAACCGGCGAUUUCAAGACCAUCGGAGAAGCCCUUGCUAGCAUUCCCAGAUACAACACCAAAAGAGUGGUACUAUUUAUCAAACCCGGUGUUUAUAAGGAAAAGAUAGUUAUCCCAAGAACAAUGCCUUUCGUUACAUUGUCUGGGGAUUCUGGUGACCCGCCGACGAUCACGGGAAACGACACGGCGUCCGUGCCCGGAAAAGACGGGACGCCAUUGAAGACCUUCCAGAGCGCCACCGUCGCCAUCGAUGCAGAUUACUUUGUCGCUGUAAACAUUAAGUUUGAGCAGAACACGGCACCGCAUGAGAUCGGAUCUAAAGGAGAACAAGCAGUGGCGCUUCGGAUCUCAGGGACGAAGGCUGCAUUCUACAAUUGCAGUUUCUACGGAAGUCAAGACACGCUUUAUGAUCACAAGGGACUCCACUAUUUCAGUAAUUGCUUCAUCCAAGGCUCUGUCGAUUUCAUCUUCGGCUAUGGCCGUUCCCUUUAUGAAAAUUGCCACUUGAAUUCAGUAGCCAAAAAGGUGGCGUCUUUGACAGCCCAGAAGCGGAGUAACUCUUCGUUGUCAAGUGGGUUUUCUUUCAAAGACAGUAAAGUGACAGGGAGCCGGUGGGUGUACCUUGGAAGAGCAUGGGGCGAUUAUUCUAGGGUUGUCUUCUCUUACACCUACAUGGAGAGUAUUGUUCUUCCCCAGGGAUGGAGCGACUGGGGCUAUCAUAAGCGCCAAUUUAGCGUGUACUAUGGAGAAUACAAGUGCAGCGGGCCAGGAGCCAAUGCGACAGCAAGGGUGCCAUGGGCACAUCUAUUGACGGAGGAAGAGGCUGAGCCUUUCAUUGGGACUUACUAUAUUGAUGGAGAUACUUGGCUUAUUUCUCCGUAUUAAGAUAUUUAUGGAUACGUCUAUUCACAGACGAAUGAGCUAAGCCUUUUAUUGGGACUUACUAUAUACGCCGACGGAGAUGCCUGACUUGUUUCCCCAUAAUAAGAUGAAUGUUAUAUAUUUAUUAUCAAAAUCUUUUGAGAUAAUUAUUGGUUC